AUGUCGCGGAAUUGCAAAAUUUGCGACUCCCCAAACGCCACUAAUCUGCAUUUUGGAGCACAUGCAUGUAAAGCCUGUGCUGCGUUCUUCCGUCGAACUGUGAGGGGGAACUUGGCUUAUAAAUGUUCCAGUACGAAUAACUGCGAAAUCUAUCACGCUUUUCGUCAAAAUUGUAGACAGUGCCGGCUGACGAAAUGUUUUAGAGCUGGGAUGAAAGAAGAGAUUGUCCAAGGCUUCAAAAGGUCUCCAGAGAACCAAAGCCACAAGCGAACUAUGGAUGAGCAGCAGCCAACAACUUCAAAUUAUUAUGAUUCAAAUCCUCCAGCUCCAUACUGGGAUGAUUCUCCACCAACGAAAAUUCUACGAGAUGACGUGGAAAUCAUGGAAAUGCACGAGCUGCAAGAAUACAUUCAAAUCCCGAACCACCUGGAUAAUACCGUACUCCUAGUACCUAUAUCACCUCCGCUGGAUCCGAGAAUCGACGAAGAUGAACGAUUAUAUAGUCUGGCUUCGCUAUAUAUGGAAAAGUUUGUUAGUUUGAAUAUGAGAAGGCGUUUAACAUAUGCUAAUGUUUCCCUGGCAGCCAUGUUUGAUGUUCCAUGUGUUUGUCCUUUCGAAAAAUCCGAUCUCCUUCCAUUCGACCAUCGAUCGUAUCGAUUUAAAAAUCGCAAUGACUACACGAUGAUUUUGGAUUAUGUGAAUCAAUUUCCCGAUUUUCACAUGCUGAACAAGUCUGAAAAAACUGUACUGUUCCAAACGGCGGCUGCAGUAGAUGCUUUAGCAGAUCCAGCGUAUUAUAGUCAGGUAAUCUUUCCCAACGAGGCUUUUUUUGUGACUCGAGAGGCCAAAUUUGUGAGAAUGGACCCUUUACCGUCGCUAGAAUUGGAUACAAGUACAGAAGAUUAUAGUAAAGAAGAUGUUACAAUGUAUAGGUCCAUGAUUUCAAUGAUUCGACGACAAUGGAAAAAUGUGAAUGUGCCACUGGGUCAGCUGAAAAUGUCAAUUUCCGAAUUCUCGCUUUUCAAGGCGCUCACUAUUUGGCACUACAACUACUACAAACUACAAGACUCGGGAAAGGCAAUUUCCGCUCGUCAACGAGAUGAUAUUUUCCGGACACUAUUAUUAAUAUGCACGGAUGAGGGACAUGAGGAUCCAAUGUUGAGAGUCUCGGAAAUCGUGUUAGCCGUUGGAAAUGUGAUGACAGAAGUGCAUGAGUUGGUGACGACGCUACUCGAGAUUACUGUAUUUGAUGAAGUGCAAGAUCCGAUUUUAAAGGAUAUGCUCAAGUUUAAGUAUUAA